AGCGUACACUCACACCCCUCUUCUUCUUCUUCUUCUUCUUCUUCUUCUUCUUCUUCUUCCCCCUUUCUCUAUCUUCCUACCAUUGGAAACGUCCCCCUCUUAGCUUCUCUCUCCCCUUUUGUCCACGCAUGUCAAGUGGGUAGAUUUUCAUGCACCAUGAAGACGGCGUGCAAUAAUUUCCUGUCUCCAAUUCUUGAGUUGAUAGGCAACGUUUACCCUUCAGACACGGAAGAUGGCAAGCAGAGACAUGGACUUCGAGAGAGAGGGAUAGAUGUGACAGAGAGAGAGAAAAAGUAGAGAGAGAAGCGUUGCCCUUGCUUUACCCUAAAUGUUUUUGGUUUCUCUCUCUAGCUUGGAUUGAGUCUCAUGGCUGGCGCUUAGUUCCGAGCCAGCGAUUCUCUUUUUCAAAUUGGGAGUCACGGCCCCAUGAGUGACCACAAAGUGUUUGAUAACAGGCGUCAACGAGAGUUGGAGUGUCUCUUACGGCAAGUCGUGUGCUGGGGGCGCCGGGGGGAAGGAUGCAACCACAAAGCGGAGUGGGAGAUAUAAAGCCACCAUCCUCCUCCCCUUUCUGUGCCACAACCACCCAUUUAUGGGCGUAUCGUGUUGCCGCCUCUGUUGAUCUCCCCUUUUUUCUUCUUUGCCAGGGAUACAGAUAAUUAUUCUCUGUUCUUUCCCCACCCUCUGUCCUCCCUUUUGCUCUCUACCUUCUUUGUGAAGAUGGGGAGCCAAGGCGGUUGCUUGAAGCUGCCCCCUGGUUUCAGAUUCCAUCCCACAGACGAGGAGCUGGUGGUUCAGUACCUCAGGCGCAGAGUGUUCUCCUUUCCGUUGCCUGCUUCCGUGAUCUCUGACAUAGACAUAUGCAAGUAUGACCCCUGGGAUUUGCCUGGUGAUGGGGAGAGUGACAAGUACUUCUUCACCAGGAAGGAGGCAAAAUACCCAAAUGGGAACAGGUCUAACAGGACCGGUGCGUCUGGCUAUUGGAAGGCAACUGGGAAGGACAGGGCGGUUCAUGCGUCCAGGUGCAACCAAGUUGUUGGGAUGAAGAAAAGUUUGGUUUUUUACAGGGGGAAGGCCCCCAAGGGAUUCAAGACUGAGUGGAUCAUGCAUGAGUACAGACUGACUGAUGCUGGGGCACAACCUUUCUCGUCCCUGCACCGAAAGAGCUCGAGCCAAAUUCCGAUGGAAGAUUGGGUCCUUUGCCGCAUAUUUCUUAAAAGAACAUCUCAAAGGAGUCAUAUAACAAGGCUGCAAUAUGUGGAGAGUCCCUGGGACAUGGCAAGGCCAAGAAAUCCAGUUGUGGGUAGGCCAACCUACAUUGACUUCAUGAUGGAAAACCAGAGAAAUCCUGAUGCAUCGGAAACCAGCAGCAUCACAGAAGUUUCUUCUUCCGACGCAUGUGAUUCUGAGGAAGGCAUCUGCAGCAGCAAGCCUUUUUCCCUGUGAGAAGAUGGGCAAGAGAUGGCCUGCGGGCUGGUUCCUUACAGCAGAGUUUGGGUAGGAGAACAGCAUGACUGUUAAAUACAAUUAACUAAAGAGAGCACUUCGUUAACCCGUUGCCGACUUCCCUGCCUCACUCUCUCUAUCUUUCUGCAGUUUCUUAAUAGUUUUUUGUACUAUGAAAUUUCUAGAAAUGAACGAGCGGAAGCAGAAGCAGCCAUUAACAUGUAGUUGGAAGAAUGCUGAGUCUGUGAAUAGAAAUCUGGAAUUUUAAUCAA